AUGAGUGACUCUCCAAGUUCGAUUCCUUCUUUAUUUUCUGGUGAAGACACCUCGAUUGAAUAUAUUCUUGGCUAUCUGCAUAAAAAUGAGUCUCGCGGAGUCCAGGAUUUUCUUAUAAACAGACUCUAUGAUUUUCCAUCCGAUCAAGUCGUCAAUUUUUUACCACAGCUCGUCAACAUUUCGAUACAAAGAGAAGAUUGCGAGUCAUAUACAUCUUUUUUCCUUGACACAGCAAUAAAAAACCACUUUUUUGCUGUCAAGCUGUACUGGCUGCUACAAGCGAAUUUAUUAGAUUGCCAAAAUCAAUUUGUAAAGAAGCUUGAGCAUAUCAUUCACAGCUUGGAAAAAGCUAUAGUAGAUGGUCAAAGGCAUAGAAGAAGUUCUGGAUAUCAGCCACCUCAUUUAUUUGCACUAAAUAUAGCUGAGACUGAGGAAGAAUUACUAAUUCAUAAGAGAGCAAGAGCUGACUCCCCCUCUUUUAAGAGAAAUUGAAAAUCUUGCUUUGCAAAUCUUUAAAAGAAAAAUUUAUAAAUUAUGUUAAGAAUGAAAAUAUUAUUAGUCAGAGGUCUUAUUAUAGCAAUUAUUAAUUAUAAAUAAAAAUAUUUUAUACAUUAAAAUGGCAUGGAAAUCCAAAAACCCUCUUGACACGUGCAUCUGGUUCCUUUAGCACAUCGGGAUAGGCCACGGGAAAGGAGGCUGGUGUUCGGAAUUUAUAUCCGGCCAAGCCGUACUUGGUUUGGUAAAGCGUAAUGUUAAGGCACUUUACUCCAUCCAGAUCAAUAUUUUUUGCCUCAGAGGAAAUGGUCCGAGAGCUGGAAAGGGAUUUCCCAGCAGAGCUACAGAUAAGCUUUAUUGCAUAUCGGGACUGUUCUCCCAGUGUGGACCAGAAGUUUUGCCCUGGGCUUCAUAUUUCCAUUUUUGCCAAGAGUCAAUUAGAAAAUUCAAGCAUUUUGAAUUUUCUAUAAAGGGAUGCGCGGCAACCCAUUCACCAACCAUAGCAACUGCAAGCCUCAUCUCAGUAGAAGCAACCUUUGUGAGAUUGUGCGCGAACUGGCAAGCAGGUGAAGGAAACUUUACAGGUGGAGGUAGUCCUUCGGGAAAUACAAUGGGCUUUUUGAUAAGCAUAAUAACGAAUUAAGAAUUAUUAAUUCUACAUAAAAGUAUUUUAAGUUAAAAAUUUUUUUGCUUUAAAGGUUUUUUUUCUAUGUUUUUGAUUGCUAUUAAAGUGGAUAGAGUGAGUAUUUCACUGAUCAGCAUAAACUCGCAAAUACUUUGGCAAAAAUUUCGAUAACAUUAAUAGGAGUUCCGAACGAUGAAAAAGACUCAAUGCUUAGGGCAUAUAUUCUAGGUUAUGUAAGCAUACAUACUUUAUUAUUAAAAUACUCGUAACUAGCUUUUAAUUAAAUUUAGGAAAUUAUAUCAUUAUUAUUAAAAAUUAUUUUCACUUGAAAAGAGAUAUACAAAAUGUCGAUACUUGAAUAAAAGAUACAAGAUUUUGAUAUAAAAGAUCAGAGAAAUCCUUAUAUAUCCAAAGAAUCUACAGAGGAAUCGUGCUUCCUAUCGAAUUUCAAGGCUCCGAUUCAAAAAUUGAGCAAAUUGUUAGCAUUCCCAGCGAAGAAAGCAAAUGUUUCAAAACCAAAGCAAGAGUUCCAUAUAAAAUUAUUAUAGAAACCAUCGAUAUCAAUGAAGAUGAUUUGAACGAAACUGAGCCCGCAUCUCCUCAGGUUGCCCCAAAAUCUGAGAUAAUUGAAGGUCUAAAUGUUGAAGACCUGGAAAGCUCAUUAAUUGACAAAAAUGAAGCAAGAUUUGCUGGUUUUGAAGAGUAUGCAAGAAAGGCUAGACCUGACAAAGAAGACAGACAAGAUGUUAUUUCAAUGGCUGGAUCUGAUGGUUCUGAAGAAACCCCAUGGGGAGAAAGCUGAGAAGAAACCAAAGCAAGGCUUCAAGCCAGUUCAGCAUUCGGUUAUUAUAAAUCCUGAAAUGCCAGAGCAGUUAUAGUAAAAGGACAUGACGACUUAAGACAAGAACUCUUAGCAAUGCAGAUUAUCAGAAAAUCAAAAGAAAUCUUCCUUGAGGCUGGACUAAGUAUUUAUUUAAGGCCUUAUGAUAUCUUGAUAGUUUCACACAAUUCAGGAUUAAUUGAAUGUGUUCCUGAUGCUGUAUCAUUGCAUAGUAUUAAAAAAAAUACUAAAAAUUAUACAAAUUUAAGAGACUUUUUUGCAAGGACCUGGGAUACAUCAUUUGAGGAAGCUCAAAGAAAUUUUGUGGAGAGCAUGGCAGGGUAUUCAUUAGUAUGCUAUAUUUUGAAUUUAAAGGAUAGGCAUAAUGGAAAUAUUUUGCUUGACUCUAAAGGUCACAUUAUUCAUAUCGAUUUUGGAUUUUUUUUGACUAAUUCUCCUGGUGGAAACAUUAACUUUGAGAGUGCUCCAUUUAAAUUAACUAAAGAAAUGAUAGAUGCCAUGGGAGGUUAUGAUAGCGAAAUGUAUGUAUAUUUUAAAGUUUUGCUAUUCCAAGGAUUUUUGGCUUUGAGAAAGCAGUUUGAUAAGCUAAGACUUUUAUUGGAUAUGAUGAAGCAUACAAAUUUCCCAUGUUUUAAACACCCGUCAAGAGCCAUUUCGGAUUUCAGGUCAAGGUUUCAGCUUAAUUUAAAUGAAGAUCAAUGCUUGUCGUUUAUAAAUGAUUUAGUAUUAACCGCCGCUGAAAACUGGAAGACAGUGAAGUAUGAUUCUUUCCAGAGAUUUACAAAUGGAAUUUUGCCUUAG